UUGCAGUAAAAGGUCAUCAUCACCAUCAACAUAUUGACAACAAUAUUCAGUUUAUUUUUUCAAAUUUUAUAUGCAGCAACAAAAACAACAACUAUAAAAUAAAAAAAAUAUAUAUAUUCGAAUUAAAAAAAAUCCUUCAAUACCUGACAAUGUCAUUGAUCACAACAAUAACUAUCUAUGAUGCUCUUUAUAUGUUAGACAAACAAAAUAUGAAUAGAGAUCCACAUUCAGAAAAAUAACAAAAAAAAUACAAUUCUCGUGAAAUACGCCGUAUGUCAAGUAUUAGUUUUUCAAUUAUCUUCGAAACUACAACAAUUUUAAAAGAACAAUAUAAUUCUUUAAUUAUUUUCUGUUUUAUUUUGUAUCUUAACUGCAAAUAACAAAAAAUUACCUUAAACCUACUUUUUAUAGCAAAAAACAAAUAAAAGAAAGAACAACAAUACAUUCUUAAAAUAACAACACAUAUAAAGUGAAUUUAAGUUUGAUAUGUAAUAUUUGUAUAUACAUAUAACAUUAAAAACAUUGCAGUUAAAGUCCUUUAAGAAUCCAUAAAAUCUUACUUUAAAACUCCUUGAACAACAUGGAUAAGAAAUCAAGUUCAACUUCAAAAUCAAAAACGAAAUCAAAACAGAAAAAACUGAAACCCAAUAAAGAAUCGAGCACUCAAUUGGAUAUUGAUUUGUGGGAGCAAAAUGAAGAUCGUUUUACAUCCAUUGAAUUGCCAGCGGGACAAAAAAUGCCCUAUAAUAAUGCACCACCACCAGCGCCUGCACCGCCCACUCCCAAACCCGCUAAAGUGGACAAACAUACACCCAGCAAGGAGCAACAAUUAACAUCCAUACCAACAGUAGCAACAUUACGUGAUGUUGAUUCGCACGCCGCCCUAAUAACACUCGAUGUUACGGCACAGAGUGAAACCAAUGAACCGGAAAGAGGCAAUUGGACGGGACGUUUUGAUUUCUUACUCUCGCUUUUAGGCUAUUCAGUUGGUUUGGGUAAUGUUUGGCGUUUUCCUUAUUUGUGCUACAAUAAUGGAGGAGGUGCUUUUCUUAUACCAUUUAGCAUAAUGCUGUGUAUUGCUGGUCUUCCGCUUAUGUUUAUGGAAUUAUCAUUUGGCCAAUAUGCCGCCUUAGGUCCCGUUGCCAUCUACCAACGUUUCUGUCCAUUACUUUGUGGAUUAGGCACUGGCAUGAUUAUUGUUUCCGCCAUUGUUAUGCUCUAUUAUAAUCUCAUUAUUGCCUGGACUAUUUUUUAUAUGUUUGCCUCGUUUUGUACCGAGCUGCCGUGGCAAAAUUGUGAAAAGGAGUGGAGUACAGAAAAUUGUUUCUCCUACGAACUGAGUGAUGAAUGUAUUUCUAUUAAUGGUACUUACUAUCUGAGAACCUGUUACAAUGCCACUUAUGCCGAGGAACAUAAUAUAACGGAAAUGGCCUUACAUGCCUUGAAAAAACCGCCAGCAGAAGAAUAUUUUACCAAUUAUGUUCUGGGCUUAUCGUCAGGCAUUGAAGAAACUGGUGGAGUAAAACUUUCCCUAGCCGCUUGUCUACUUUGUGCUUGGGUCAUUGUUUUCUUAUGCCUCUGCAAAGGUGUGCAAUCAUCCGGCAAAGUCGUGUACUUUACAGCUCUCUUCCCCUAUGUGGUCUUAGUUAUAUUAUUUUUUAGAGGUGUAACACUACCGGGUGCCGGUACGGGUAUAUUAUUUUAUCUAACACCCGAUUGGAAGCAAUUAGCUAAUGCCCAGGUCUGGGGUGAUGCAGCAGUACAAAUCUUUUUUGCCUUAAGUCCAGCUUGGGGUGGUUUGAUAACUCUAUCUUCUUACAAUAAAUUUUCCAAUAACUGUUACAAAGAUUCUUUAAUAGUGGCUUUUUGCAAUAUAGCCACCUCUUUCUUUGCCGGUUUGGUUAUAUUUUCCAUAAUUGGCUUUCUGGCUCACGAGCUAGAUGUAGAGGUGAAAAAGGUUGUAGAUCAAGGUGCCGGUUUAGCCUUUAUCGUUUAUCCCGAGGUGGUAACACGCCUGCCAGUAUCACCCGUUUGGUCGGUAUUAUUUUUUGUUAUGCUCUUAACUUUGGGUUUGGACUCACAGUUUGCUUUAAUGGAAACCGUUACAACUGCCAUUUUGGAUAAAUUUCCGAAUUUAAGACAAUAUAAAACUUGGGUUGUGCUUUUUGUGGGUAUUUUUGGUUAUAUAGGUGGCUUGGGUUUUACCACAAAUAGUGGCAUGUAUUGGUUACAACUAAUGGAUAAAUAUGCUGCCAAUUGGUCCGUUUUAUUAAUCGCCAUAUCGGAGUGUGUUUUAAUCGCUUGGAUUUAUGGUUCUCAGCGUUUUUUGAACGAUAUACAAGGUAUGAUUGGUAAACGUUCAAAGGCAUGGAUCUGGUUUUGGUCUAUAAUGUGGCGUUUUAUAACACCGGCCACUUUAUUGUUUAUAUUAUUCUUCAACUGGGUGGAAUACAAACCCGCCACAUAUGGGCCCUACGUUUAUCCCUUAUGGGCCGAUGCUGUAGGCUGGAUUAUUGGUCUAUUACCCGUUCUAGUUAUAUUUUUGGUGGCUUUUAAGCAAAUCUAUAGUGGACCCGCACACUUAGGCAUUAAAGAUCGUAUUGUUUAUUUGCUAAAGCCCACAGAGGAAUGGGGUCCGGCGGGUAGACCCUGUUGUAAUUUAUAUCCAGAACGUUAUCAAAAUGAAAAUAUGCAUAGUUUAAUGGAGGGCAUAACAACAGAGGUAAUACCCUAUGACGAUAAUGCCGAUACUUAUGUAAGAGGUAGUAAUGGUGGUAGUGGUGGUGGUGGUGAUGGCAUUACUGCAGGUGAAACACAAAAAGACAUGAUGCAACUCUGAGAGCGAGUUACUGCAUCUACGUCUACGUUUGCGCCUAUACAAAGCGGUGAUCAUGCUAUUAGCUCUAUUACUACUUCCACUAUAAAUGGCAAGAAUGCGGCAGCAACCGGUGGUGAGGCCAAACUAGAAGCUAAAGGAAAC